CACCUCAGCAGCACCAACCUUUGCCCCCAGGUGAUCUCUUGUCAGAUGCGUGGAGGCGCCAGGCCACCUCAGAGGGCCGGUGGCUUGCUGAAGGGCUGAAGCGGUCCUGCCCUGCAGCCUCCAGAGCCAUGGGAAUGGGGCCGCGGAGCCAGUCCUUGCGAGGCCCCCGAGCCACCUACGGAAAGCUCCAGGAGCCCUGGGGGAGGCCCCUGGAGGGCCAACUCCGCCGGGUGCUGAGCCUCAGACAGGGGCGUGAGAAGUCCAAGUCCCGGGGCCUCGAAGGAGGCACAGAAGAGCUGGAUGCCCCUGCUCAGGAGCGGCUGCCCGGGGCCCUGGGGGACACAGAGCAGCUGAUCCAAGCCCAGCGAGGAAGCAGCCGGGCGUGGCUGAGGCAGUACCGACAGCAGGUAAGAAGAAGGUGGGACAGCUUUGUCGCCAGCUUUCCCGGCGUGACCCUCAGUCGGCCGGCCUCCCCGGAGCCCCCACUGGGCACCACCAGCUAAAGAUGCAGGAAGCGACGGUGGCCGCCCUGCCGCACCUGGAUGAGACUGCUGCCGACCUCGUGGCUCUUCUCGAGUGGAUUGGGCGGCCUCCUCUAGGUGGACUGCCCAGCUUUCCUCACGUGGCACAACCAGGCCUCCGCCACCAGUCCCCGCGGGGCUGCCCCUCUGGCUCUGGCCCUCAGCAAAGACCCUAAGGCUGAAAAGGAGGGGCCCGGCUCCCUGCCCUUGGACUAUGAUAUGAAUGAGAGUCACAGAAACCUGCCCACAAGUGGGGGAGUCGCCGCCCCCGCCCCUGCCCCACACAGGACCCGUGGUCACCUUCCAGGAUGGAGCUUGGUGAAGCCAGACCCAUGGCUGAGAGGCUUCCGGACACUGCCUGGUCCCGGGGCUGUGACCCAUCUGCCCUUCUCUACCAACUUCUGCUGCUGAUGUUGGGCCCUGGCACAGGUGCCCUCACCAAUGGCGAGCCCCCCAGGGCAGGGACCACGUCUGGGCAGCGCAGGCACUCGGGGCUGAAAGGCCCAGGCCUUGGACCCUCACAGUAUCCCAGUGAAGGGAGCAGGGGAGCCUUUCCUCCCGUGCGCAGAGGGAGAAACUGAGACGCGGGGUGUACUGUGCCGGGCAGCUCUGGCCCCACCCCCAGCCCACACCGCACCCAGCAUCGGGGCUGAACGCAGCAAUAAAGACACGAGC